AGAUCUCUCGCGAGGCAGGAACGCGCGGCGCACAGUCAUUAAAAGGACAGACGCGUGGCAAACGAGCUUUUGCCAACCGCCGGGUCAUUGCUUUUUCCCCGCCACAAAAUACUUUCUACAAAAUCCUAUUCUACAAGUGGCAAACUUCACCUUGAGAACAAAUCGGCUCAAGAAAAGGCGCCGGUCCAUAGUGCGUUUCGCCCGACGCCUCGUCCUCUCGCCGCCACUUAAGUAAUUUCCUCAUGGCCGAGCGGCCGCAGCAGCUCGCCCUGGCCCGCGUGGCCGAGCUCGAGUUCCCCACGGACGGCAGCGGACGCCGCACGAGUGCCAGCAGCACCAGUAGCAGCGAAUUCGAGCGUCUACACGAAGAGUUGCAGCUCGAGAUCAAACCUCAACGUCUGCAACGCCAGUACACGCUCAAUGUGCCGCCUUUCAGCGCCGGAGGGGACUCUAUCUCUCGUCCUGGACUUCUAGAUGCCGCUCCGGACGUCCUGGAGGACGUACUGACCCGCUGGGAGAUAAACCAGGUUAAAUGGCGCCGCAAUGCGACCAGUGACGAGAAUCAGGACGUCUCGGGUGAAGAUGAUACCGACACCAUGCUGGAGGACGGCGUAGAUCUGUUCGAAAGGGACGAGACCUUCGACGUGACGUUCGGGGACGGCUUUCUGGGUCUCGAGUUUGUACUAGACGCGCUUAGGAGCAAGGUAGUGAUCAAGAGUGUGCACAGUGAAACGUGGUCGACUGUGGUGCUAAAUAUCCCGUCAGGCUUCACUAUUACCAAGGGCUUAGCAGUAGAGGCCGUGAACGGACGAGACGUAAGCGCCAUGUCACCCGAAGACGUGCUGGACAACUUACAGUUCAGUCGACGACCCAUGACGGUGAAAUUCCGACGAGCCAACAAGUCGGCGGUUGUGUGUAAACUCUGCGAGACCAAAGUGGACGCCAACAGUCUGGACGAGCAUACAAACUACUGUGUGUUAUCCAAGAGAGUGGAGUUGGAAGCGGAUGUCAUUAAUGACUCACUAGUGAAGCUCACGGCGUCCAUCAACGCCACACUAGCGGAGGAGGCCUUGAAGCCAAUGUUUAACCAGGAGGAGAUGCACAUCUACCAUGCGUUGCGCGUGGUAGCGAUCCAGGCUUCGACGUGUGACGUCACGAGUGUGGAUGCCUUUGCACUUUGUGCUCGACUAGUGAAAAUUAUCGACAGAAUACGGCAACAAGAAGCCGAGACGUUCGACGUUGCCGGUGAACGCGGCGCUAACUAUUGCAACAAACUGCGCAAUUUGAUUCACGCUAAGAUGAGCAAAAUACGGGCGUCUCACAAGGUAAUGUUAAAGCAGGCGCCCGUGGAGGUGGAGCGGCUACCGCUGAAGCGAACCAAAUCACUAGAGAAUAUGGAAAACAGCGACGGGCUGCGCUCAUCACGACGAGCGAGCUUGAAGUCAGCGAAUUUUCGUGUUUCUAUCCGGGAUUUCCAUAUUGUCAAGCCGAUCUCGAAGGGAGCUUUCGGAAAGGUGUAUCUGGCUCGCAAGAAGACGACAGGUGAUCAGUAUGCGAUCAAAGUGCUGGCCAAAGAGCAUUUGCUACGCAAAAAACAGAUCCAGCAAAUUGAGACAGAGAGGAAUAUUCUGGCCAGUGUGGUGAGUCCCUUCGUGGUGAAGCUCUUCUGGACGUUCCAAACCAAGCGCAACUUGUUUUUGGUGAUGGAGUAUCUUCCUGGGGGCGAUUUCAUGUCGUUACUGGAGUGCAUUGUACAGCUUGAAGAGCAGGUGGCUUGCGUGUACAUUGCGGAGAUCGCAAUCGCACUGAAUCAUUUGCACACCAAGGGCUGUGUCCACAGAGAUCUGAAGCCUGACAACAUUUUGCUAUCUUCAACCGGCCACAUAAAGCUUACCGACUUCGGCCUAUCUGAGGAAGCUGUAGCGAUGAGUGACACUGAUUCGGAACCUGACGAUGAGUCCAUGACACAGGACGCUGACGUAUUGAUUCCGGUAGAAAACGCUUCGUCUGCACCUCCAGAAACUCGUCCGCGACGAACUUCAUCAUUCAAGAAGAAAAAGUCUGCGUACCACACGUAUGGACGAUGCGGUACACCCGACUAUCUAGCGCCCGAAAUCAUUCUUGGCGUCCCUCACGGCCCACCGGUGGACUACUGGGCGCUCGGAAUCAUCCUGUACGAGAUGCUGGUUGGCUUUCCUCCAUUCAAUGAUGACACCGUGGACGCGAUCUUUGACAAUAUUCUUGAGCGGCAAAUCUUAUGGCCUGACGGCGAGAAGUGCUUGUCAGCUGAAGCCGUGGACUUGAUAGAUAAACUACUUGACCCGAGUCCGUCAACUCGUAUGGGCUGGGAAGGGAUCAAACUGCACCCGUUUUUCGACGGCAUUAACUGGGAUACGAUUCUGGAAUCUGUGCCGCCGUUUGUACCAACGUUGGAGGGACCGAACGAUACCAGCUAUUUCAACAACAGGAACCUAACCGAUAUCUUCAUCGACGAUGAAGAGUUUGACGUUGGCUCUCGCUCUGCAAGUAGUAGUCAGAACAUUGACUCUGGCCCUGAGAGCGACGACCAGCCACUUGGUUCGUAUGACCAGAAAGAAGACGACGACUGCGAGACUGGAGAUAACAACACAAGUAGUGUUUCUGCAGCCACAGCGGAUGUGGACAUGUCGUGGGGGAUCGCAGGAGCUCUAGGCACGCUAGAUGGAAUGGCUGAGAGCGUGGACGAUGGCGAGCAGACGGAAGACAACAACAGCAUCUUUCGAUUUCCUAGUGGGAUGUAUGGUAGUCCCGAUGACUCGAAACUCUCAGAUGCCUUCAGAUCUUUCAGUUUUACAAACAUGAACGCCCUUGCUGCUGCGUCCCAAGCGGAAGCUGAGAUGAUCACCGAUUCAGAGCAGCAAACAGUAGACGUGUCAGGCCCGUCAAUCCUGAUCUAGCAACUUUUCAAGUUUUCCUCAUUUCCUACAGCCUUUGUAAGUUCUCCUGCUCGUCAGCGUAAAGACUAUUAGUAAUAAUUCCAACAACCACUGAAAGUACAAUUGCGAUAUUCCUGUAAACAAAUCGACGGGUUUUAUGGCAAUUGAGUUCACAGGAAA